AUGGCCCAUAAAUUCUUGCAAAAUUUCGAGUGUCAGAUCGAUAAGAAGUGCCGUCGGAACUGCUGUUGUUUUGAAUUCAACUUUACGUCUCCGGUCAAGUACACAUUCCCUGUACUUCUCGUGGAAGCUGCGGCUGCAAAAGAUGAUGCAAACCUGCAUGAUGUAGCAUCUGGUGUGCUGAGAGGGUUGCAGAGCCUGUUUAAAGAAGGGAAUGACUCCCUUUUCCUCAUCCGUGAUGUUACAGAUACUGCUGAGGACAUGGAGAAAGAGGGAGAUGCAUCUGAUUCACCCAAACUCAUAAUCCAAGGAGAUCCAUUUGACUCGGCCAAGUCCCAGUGGAUGGUCAUGGUUGAAAGCAGAGUUAUUGGCCAUUUAUCAUCAACAACUGAAGGCUUUGUGGGGUGGCAUACCUUUUUGCCACCUAUUACAACCUCAAUUUGGAAUAUCCAAGCACGGCUGCAGCAACACUGGAGUUCAUUCAGAGAUGUCUCCUCGGAAUAAGCCCUGAUGGGUCGAAGUGCCAUGCGUCGAAGAGUCACUGCAACGCGAAAGUAGUGUCAUUUGUGCGUCGGUUUGCUGAUUUCCAGUGGCUUUAAUUUCCUGAUUUGUACAUUUUACCCCAUCAUCUAAAAACAUGUGAUUUUAUAUAUCACCCAAUAAUACUAUGUUCCCUUGGUCACCAUCCUCUUGAAUAAUUGGUUGAGCUUUGUCUGACCAAGCAACUACAGAGUUUAUGCCCAAUAUUGCAUAACAUGAGAAACUUGCUGAAAUAGAUUGUCGACAUGCUAGUUAUGAGAGAACAUUCAUUUGAAUAUGCUAUUAAGUUGACAUUGCCCACAACUUUAUUUUAGCCGUUUCUCAAAUCCAGGUCAAGUAAGAGUGGGGGAGGGGUAAAAUUCAUAUAGAAAUUGUAAAUGUAAAGGGGUUUCAUACUUGGAAAAAUAAAGUUAAGAAUAUCUCCUUACAACCGAAUUUGAACCAUACAAAAACAUAGAUAUAUGGCACUACACACUGUUUGUAUGCCUCCGCCCACCAAAGGUGGUGUCGGAGGCAUUAUGUUUUGUGUUGUCCGUCGGUCCGUCUGUCCCACUUUCGUUCUCGCGAUACCCCAUCAUCUAAAAACAUGUGAUUUUAUAUAUCACCCAAUAAUACUAUGUUCGCUUGGUCACCAUCCUCUUGAAUAAUUGGUUGAGCUUUGUCUGACCAAGCAACUACAGAGUUUAUGCCCAAUAUUGCAUAACAUGAGAAACUUGCUGAAAUAGAUUGUCGACAUGCUAGUUAUGAGAGAACAUUCAUUUGAAUAUGCUAUUAAGUUGACAUUGCCCACAACUUUAUUUUAGCCGUUUCUCAAAUCCAGGUCAAGUAAGAGUGGGGGAGGGGUAAAAUUCAUAUAGAAAUUGUAAAUGUAAAGGGGUUUCAUACUUGGAAAAAUAAAGUUAAGAAUAUCUCCUUACAACCGAAUUUGAACCAUACAAAAACAUAGAUAUAUGGCACUACACACUGUUUGUAUGCCUCCGCCUACCAAAGGUGGUGUCGGAGGCAUUAUGUUUUUGUGUUGUCCGUCGGUCCGUCUGUCCCACUUUCGUUCUCGCGAUAACUUAAAAACCGGUCAACAGGUCAACUUCAUACUUUUUGACUUGAGGAUACAUAUCUGGGCGACAAUGAGCUGAUAAGUGUUUGGGUCCAAAGGUCAAAGGUCAUAGAAUUCACUAAAAUACAUAAGAAAUAGACCAUUCUUACAAUAACUCCAAAACCCUUUGAUAGAUCAACUUCAAACUUGUCUCGUGUGUAUAUGUUAAAGUAACAAUGAUCUGUUCAGAUUUUGGGGUCUCAAGGUCAAAAGUCAAGGUCAUUGAAUACAAUAAAGUACAUAUAACAUAUACCGUUCUCGCAAUAACUCCAAACCAUUUGACGAAUCAACUUCAAACUUCGCUCAUUUGUGCAUAUACAAGUGACAAUGAUCUAUUAAGAUUUUGGGUCUGAAAGUCAAAUCUCAAGCUCUCUGGAUUCAAUCAAAUGCAUAUAUUUGCUUUUUUGAGAAACAGUUAUCUGACUAGAUUUUGAAGUCACAAGAUCAAAGGUCUUGAGGGUUUUUUUUUUCUUUAUGGAAAUAAAAACUAGGAAAUAUAUUUCUGGUAUGGCAGUAGCGGAGGCAUCUAUUUCCAACAUUCGUGGUCGAAAAUUCAUCUUUAGUUAGGAUUAACAUUGCUGUAAAUCAAUUUCGAUUUCAACAUUGUGCUACAUUAUAUAUAUAUGUAUAUAUAUAUAUACUGCGUAGUAAGCGCUUGGUCAUCAAGAUGUUGACAAAUAUUGCAAUAAGCUGUUUACUGAGAACGAUGUAAACUUCUGUAAUGUAUGUGGCUUUAACACAGCCUACCAAGGUGGAGUGAGAUUAUUAUUAUAUUAUUAUUACAUGAAUGACACAGUGAUCUCCAUUAUUGCAUAUCAUGCAUGGCUGACUGUUAGCCAUUUUUGUAAAGAGGACCAAAUUAUAUCAAGAAAUUCAGGAAAUCUUAAGGUGAUGUAGCAAUUUUUUGUUUUCUUAUAGUCAGAAAAGGAUAUUAAAUGUAUCAGAAAUUCCUCAAAUGAAAAAGCAUGUGACAUUUUGAUUACAUUUCAAGAGUUUCUCAAAAUAGCAGAUUUGCAUGAUGUAGUACAGAAAAAUUUGAAAAUUGUAGAUACUUCUCACAGAUUGACAUUUUUCUUCAUUAUGAUUACUGAGGAUUUACUACAUUGUAUUUUGUUCACAGAAUUAUAACAUUUUCAUACUUUCACUUUCGCAGCUGUUCAAGUGUCACAGUACAAACAUUACUUUGGCAAAAUUGGAGGUCAUAUUUGUACAUGUUUGUUCGUCAAAUAUUCAUGUAAAUAUUAAGUAUUUGCAAUGGUAGCAAUACUCUCAUUCGGGUUCUUUCUUGCCAGUUUCAAUAUCAAAUUGAUAGUACUGUUAUAAGAAACUUUAUUUGUGAGGAAUAUUGUAUGCAAUGUAAUAUUAUUGUCACAAUUUAAUGUAUUCAUGGCAGUUAAUGUAUUUGUAUGCUUGUAAUAUAAAUUAUUGGUUCAGUGUGUGUUUAGGACUAUUCAUUAUUUUGAUAUAGGAUUGAAUAAGGUUUUCUGUCUUAAUAAGAUUUUUGGGAAUAUGUAUAUAUAAGAAGUUGACAUACACUUAAUUUUUUAUCAAUUAAUAGUAUACAUGUAAAAUUACUCAUAAGUGAGAAGUUUCACUUAAAAAUUCAGUUUUCUUCUGGUAGAAGCAUUGUCGUCAGGUUACCAUGGAGUAAGCAUUUUGCGUGUUACUACGGAUAUGUGGAUGUAAGAGAUAGAGAGUCUGUGUGUGUGUGCGUGUGUGUGUGUGCGUGUGUAUGUUCAUCCAGUGUUCAUCCAAGGUCAGCUGAGACAAGCCCUCCUAGAAGGAAGUUCACUUUAGUCAGAUUUGUUUUCUUAAAGAAAUUGAAAGUUUGCCAUUAUUUCAGGCAGUAUAGUUGCAUAAGUGAAAAAUUGCUUUCACUUGUAAUUGAUUCUAAUGGGUUAUGACUGAAUAUUUGAAUGAUUAUGGUACCCUUCAUGUAAAUGGAUUGCUUUAAAACACACCUGUUCAUUAAUGUACUCUCAUUUAAUAUACAGUGGCCUGAAAGUUUGUGUAAGGUUAGCAAUUACAACUACUUUAAUGCAUGCAAGGUGAAUUUUACUUCUUGAAUAGAUUUAUUUACAAAAUGUUUAAGUCAACUGAAUUGCAAACAGCAGAUAAAGUAACACCAACCAAAUUUUAUGGUUGUUCUUACAACCUUUGUUGCUUGCUCUGACAGGUCCAACAAAUACAUAAAGAGUUUAUGCAUGCAAAAAGGAUGCCACUUAUUGUAAUACCAUUCAGUACAUGGUAAUUACCUAUUACCAAAUCCAGAGGAACAAAGUAUUCAUGAAAUUUGACUACAUUAGUGAACAGGUCUGUAAUGAACAUCAGCAUUCUUAGGACAUUUCUGUGUACAUAGUUUCUGUAUAAUUGUCAUCUUUGAAAUUUGAUUAUGCAACACAUUCUACUUGCCAGCAUUUUGCCCAUGAUCCUUACAAAAAUUGUACUGUUUGUGAAAUAUGGCAUUGUCAGUUCUACUGCAUGUUAAUGCAAUAAAGACUUUUCAAAGUUUCAUUCAAAA